AUGGGUUGGAACCCCAUACAUGGGACAAAUAGAACUUUAUGGGUGUUGAAUUCCUUGCAUCAUGUUCUUGUCUGUGGACCAACCAAACGUCCACUAUGCAGUACAAACCCCAACUGCUAUUAUAAGCCUUACUGGGAGGUCACCUUGGCCAGUUGGAGGGUGGAUGCAGAACUUGAAGAUGAUGUGGUGCCCCCCAAGGUAUGGAAGGAUGUGGAUUUAGCUCAGCCAAGGCCUUGGUGGAUGCCCAGAUGGGCAAUGCAAGUUCUUUGCCUGGAGCAGGGUCUUCCCCCCAACCAUCCCAAGGACCCUGCCUGGCUGGCCAUGCUUGGAGGUUGUCAAACGGCUCAGAAGAAGGCGGAUAGGCAAGCCCUGCGGACGCAGCAAGAAUGGGAGAUGAUCCCAGCUUUGGAAUCAAUUGAUGAGGCUGGUGAAUCCAAUUCUGGCUCUAUCAACAACAAUGUUGAGUGGGGCCUUCCCACUUCCAGUUUUGGGAUCCUGUUGUCAUAA